UUCAGACCUCUCUUUCUCUCUCACAUUUUUCCAAAUCCCUAACCCUUUUUCUGUAUAAAUACUCAGACAAGGCAUAUCUCGCUCUCUCAAAGCGAACAAAAGCUAGAGAGAGAAAACACAAAGCUAUGGAAGCUUAGAAAAACCACUCAGAAAUUCUCUCAAACCUUCCGAUCUGUGAAAAAUUAAAUCUCUCUAAGGAUUUUGAUGCUGAAGUGUUAUCGAUCUGUGAAGGUGUAGAUCUUUCUGGUAGUUUUGUUCGAUUUUUUUUUUUUUUUUUUGAUUUUUUUGUUAGAGACAAAGCCAUGUCUUCGCUUAGCAGAGAACUCGUAUUUCUCAUACUUCAGUUUCUCGACGAAGAGAAAUUCAAAGAAACUGUGCACAAGUUGGAGCAAGAGUCAGGGUUUUUCUUCAAUAUGAGGUAUUUUGAGGAUAUGGUGACAAAUGGUGAGUGGGAGGAGGUGGAGAAGUACCUUUCUGGUUUCACAAAAGUUGAUGAUAAUAGGUACUCCAUGAAGAUCUUCUUUGAGAUUCGCAAGCAGAAGUACCUUGAAGCUUUAGAUAAGCGGGAUCGUGCUAAAGCAGUGGAGAUUUUAGUUAAGGACUUGAAAGUGUUCGCUGCAUUUAAUGAAGACCUUUUUAAGGAAAUUACGCAGCUUCUGACUUUGGAAAACUUCCGAGAUAAUGAACAGCUAUCUAAAUAUGGAGAUACUAAGUCUGCUAGGGGUAUAAUGCUUGCUGAGCUAAAAAAGUUGAUAGAAGCUAAUCCCCUGUUUCGUGAUAAGCUUCAAUUUCCUCCAUUGAAGAACUCAAGAUUGCGAACUCUAAUUAAUCAGAGUUUAAAUUGGCAGCAUCAACUUUGUAAGAACCCAAGGCCUAACCCUGACAUUAAGACACUAUUUGUAGACCACACUUGUGCAACACCAAAUGGUGCACGAGCCCCGUCCCCCGUCACGAAUCCCUUAAUGGGUGCCGUCCCUAAGGCAGGGGGUUUCCCACCACUGAGCGCUCAUGGUCCAUUUCAGCCCACACAGGCCGCUCUUCCAACGUCUCUUGCUGGCUGGAUGGCCAAUCCAUCUUCUGUGCCUCACCCUUCAGCUUCUGCAGGACCCAUAGGUUUGGCUGCAGCUAACAAUGCAGCAAUGUCGAAGCGCCCAAGAACUCCUACCAAUAACCCCGCUAUGGACUAUCAAACAGCUGAUUCUGAACAUGUCUUGAAGAGAGCUAGACCUUUUGGAAUGUCUGAUGAGGUCAACAAUCUGCCAGUAAAUGUUCUUCCUGUUCAAUACACUGGCCAGAGCCAUGGUCAAAGUUCCUACUCUUCUUCUGACUUGCCCAAGAUGGUUGUUAUGACUCUUAAUCAAGGAUCAACUGUCAAGAGUAUGGAUUUCCAUCCAGUGCAACAAAUUCUACUUCUUGUUGGAACAAACAUGGGUGAGGUCAUGGUAUGGGAUUUAGGUAGUCGUGAAAGGAUUGCUUCUAAAAAUUUCAAAGUCUGGGAUAUUGGGUCAUGGUCAGUGGCUCUGCAGGCAUCUCUGACAAAUGAUUAUACAGCAUCAGUCAAUCGCGUUGUGUGGAGCCCUGACGGAAACCUUUUUGGUGUUGCAUAUUCUAAGCACAUUGUGCACAUAUACUCCUAUCAUGGGGGUGAUGAUCUACGAAACCACCUAGAGAUUGAGGCUCAUGCUGGCAGUGUAAAUGAUCUUGCUUUCUCUUAUCCAAAUAAACAACUCUGUGUUGUCACUUGUGGCGAGGACAGAGUCAUUAAGGUGUGGGAUGUAGCCACUGGGACUAGGCAGUAUACCUUUGAGGGUCAUGAAGCACCUGUAUAUUCCGUAUGUCCACAUCACAAGGAAAAUAUUCAGUUUAUCUUUUCAACUGCAACUGAUGGAAAGAUAAAGGCAUGGUUGUAUGAUAACAUGGGUUCAAGAGUUGACUAUGAUGCACCAGGCCAUUCAUCCACCACCAUGUCAUACAGUGCCGAUGGAACAAGGUUGUUCUCAUGUGGGACAAAUAAAGAAGGAGAAUCAUUCUUAGUGGAAUGGAAUGAAAGUGAAGGUGCUGUCAAGCGCUCAUAUCAUGGUCUUGGGAAGCGAACUGUGGGGAUUGUGCAAUUUGAUACAACUAGAAAUCGGUUCUUAGCUGCUGGUGAUGAUUUCUUGGUCAAAUUUUGGGACAUGGACAAUAAUCAGUUAUUGGCAACUACUGAAGCGGAGGGUACUUUACCGGCUUCUCCUUGUAUUAGAUUUAACAAGGAAGGUAUACUGUUAGCUGUCUCAACAAAUGAUAAUGGUGUUAGAAUCUUAGCAAAUGCAGAUGGAAUUAGGCUUCUAAGAACUGUGGAGAAUCGCACAUUUGAUGCUUCUAGAGUUGCUUCUGCAGCUGUUAAGGCCCCCCCUUCUUUAGGCACUUUUGGAUCUACCGAUAUAACUGUUGGAACAAGCAUUGGAGAUCGGGCUCCUCCUGUAGCAGCCAUGGUUGGAAUGAACAAUGAUAGUCGAAGUUUGGAUAUAAAACCCAGAAUUGCUGAUGAGUCAGUUGAUAAAUCUAGGAUCUGGAAACUGACAGAGAUCAAUGAACAAUCACAAUGCCGCUCCUUGAGGCUCCCUGAUAAUUUAACAGCAAUGAGGGUUUCUAGAUUAAUUUAUACAAACUCUGGUCUAGCUAUAUUGGCACUGGCAUCUAAUGCUGUACAUAAGCUUUGGAAAUGGCAGAGAAAUGACCGUAAUUCAACAGGGAAGGCCACAGCUAGUGUAUCACCACAAUUAUGGCAACCUCCAAGCGGAAUAUUAAUGACAAAUGAUGUUAGUGAUACAAACCCUGAGGAUGCUGUUUCAUGCUUUGCGCUUUCAAAGAAUGACUCUUAUGUCAUGUCAGCUUCAGGGGGGAAAAUUUCCUUAUUCAAUAUGAUGACAUUCAAGACAAUGACAACAUUCAUGCCCCCACCUCCUGCUGCUACAUUUCUUGCAUUUCACCCUCAAGACAAUAACAUUAUUGCCAUAGGCAUGGAGGACUCUUCUAUUCAAAUUUAUAAUGUUCGGGUUGAUGAGGUUAAGACCAAGCUAAAAGGUCAUCAGAAAAGAAUUACAGGCCUUGCUUUCUCUCAUAAUUUAAAUGUGCUUGUGUCAUCAGGAGCAGACUCUCAGCUGUGUGUUUGGAACACAGAUGGAUGGGAAAAACAGGCUAGUAAAUCCUUACAGAUGCCAGGUGGGCGAGCUGCAGCUCCCCUUGCGGAUACCCGUGUUCAAUUUCAUCUAGAUCAGAUGCAUUUGCUGGUUGUUCAUGAAACGCAAAUAGCAUUAUAUGAUGCACCAAAAUUAGAAUGCCUUAAACAGUGGGCCCCUCGGGAAAUUAGUGGGCCCAUAACACAUGCCACAUAUUCCUGUGAUAGCCAGUCAAUAUAUGUGAGCUUUGAAGAUGGAAGUGUGGGUGUUCUUACCGCUGCAACACUAAGACUGAGAUGUCGAAUAAAUCAGAAUGCUUAUCUACCUCCCAACCCAAGCUUAAGAGUGCACCCUCUUGUCAUUGCGGCGCAUCCAUCCGAACCCAAUCAGUUUGCAUUAGGUCUUACAGAUGGUGGAGUGCAUAUACUUGAGCCAUUGGAGUCAGAAGGAAAAUGGGGCACCUCCCCACCAACUGAAAAUGGCGCAGGACCUAGUACCAUGUCUGGUGCAGCUGGUUCGGAUCAAACCCCAAGGUGACAGUUCCAUGUGUGUUCAUUUCACCAAGGAAUUUUACUGUAUGUAUUAAUGCGACUCCUUACCUGGUCCCAGCAUAUUAGAUUUUCUAGGGAAGCUGCUAAAUUCAGAUAAGUAUAGUUUAGGAUACUUCAACUCAACCUGGGAAAGUUUGUUAGUGGCAUCUUACACAAAUUUGUGGUUGAGGCACGGUGGCAACGUAUUCCCUUCAUUUAGCAUAAUUGAAGAAGACGAGAUUAUGGUGUAAAUUUGGAGGACGGCGUACCAUUGAUGAUUGAGUGGAAGAUUAAGGUCUGACUAUAGAGGAACUCCGGGUCUUGAAUUGCUUUGGUCUUGGGCCCUGGCUAUUUUAUCAUUUUCCUUCACUAAGUUAAUCAGCAUUUUUUGCCCCUUUUUAUUUUUUAUUUUUUUUACCCGGUGAGUUGUGAACACAGAUACUUCUAGGUCUUAUUUAUGAAAUAUAAUUUUGGUUA